AUGGCAAAUUUGCUCCGGGAUCACGCAGUGCUGAAGAAGCGGGACCCUGCAGAGGGAGGCGACCGUGUCCUGUAUUUGUAUGACGUCAAAGGCUACUGCGACAAACAAGCAGCACGGUACCAGGGCCGACUCUGGCAUGUGCUUCCGCCGUUUGAUGAAACCCACUUCCAAGCCUGCGUCGCGGGAGCUUUCCCGAACUUCGGGAAAGAGGACAUCCUGGCGGUACUUGACGGGCGCCGCGUGGACAUCGGGGGCAAGCUCAAGAAGAACAUCACUGCGGCUGCAAAGGGCUGCGAGCACACCAACAAGAAGCCACUAGGCCCGCAAUACCGGUUCAUCUACAGCAACGAGGAAUUUACUGAGGGUGGAUUCGCGUUCAGCCCCCGGGCCAAAGCAAUCUGCAUGAUCCCCGACCCGCUUGAAACCUGCUUCACAGUGUUGGGAAUGGCUGCUGAGAUGGUCGUGCGCCCUCGGAAGUACGUGGACCUCCCGGGCUCCACUUUCACAAGAGGCCUUUCAAGCUUGAAGUUGCGUUCGAGAGAGGAUCACGAGGUGUGCUUGAGUGAGACCAAGUUCGAGGAGCUUCUGAAAUUCCAGGCUACCGGGUCGAUGGAGCCGGAUGGUGAUGGGCAGACAAUGCCACCGCCGCCGCCGCCAGAGCCGGAAGCUCCGGAGGCGAUCUCCAAUCAGAACGGGGCCCGGUACUUCUAUGCUUGGAGCAGUCAGGAAGAGCUCUACUUGGAGAUGCUCAACAUCUUUGGGAAGGACGAGACACAGGAUACGGCAAAGUUGAAGGUGGUGUCCUUUUGCCCUGGCUUUGGACAAGCAGAACUGGCUUGCAUCCGCGAGGAUGUGCAUUGCCUAUCCUUGAUUCAGAGCAGAGUUCACCGGGAGGUUCUGACCGAGCGCCUGACUUUGGCCAUCAUGAUUGAAUCCAUUCGGGGCAAGCGCGAUUUCCUGCGCAAUCGGCAAUUCAAUUUGAUGGUGUCUCCCAUUUCAGGCCAGGGGAGCACUGAGGCACUGCCUGCUGCAGGCAGCCCGGCACAGGCGGCUCAGCCGCCCACAGCUCCGGCCAAGCCCACAGAGCAGGCCAAGCUCACAGAGCCAGCAAAGCCCACAGAGCAGGCCAAGCCCACAGAGCCAGCAAAGCCCACAGGGCCGGCCAAGCCCGCAGAGCCAGUGCCGGCUCAGGUUACCCAGAUGGCUCGCAACAUGUUUGAUGCAGACGAUGAUGAAGAGUCCGCGUGA